AGAGGCAAUGGUGGUGGCACUGGGGCUGCUGGCGCCAACUCCUCUCUGCUCGCGCGAGUGGGAGGGGCGGAAGCGCACAGCAGCAGACACCGCAUCAGCAUGCGGGCACACGGGCAUCUCGGCGGCGUAUCUAGCAGAGUCAUCUCUCAACGCCUCCCUCUCCUCCAUGACCAUUCAGGGACCAGCACCAGCUGGCCACCGACCCCUCUCUUCUCCAAAUCCGCCGCUGCUGCCGGCGCACGUGAAGGGGCACAUUCAGUGGGUGAAAUACAAGAAGAUGAAUUGGGCCUGGGGAUCAUCGCCAAGGCAAGGGGCACAUCCAGCGAGUAAAGUACAAGAAGAUGAAGUGGGGCCUGGGGAUUAUUGCCAAGGCGGUCCUGCGCUGGCGGUUCCGCCGCAGUGGCGUGCGGGGGCUCCAGCCCAGCAGGGAGACUGCCACUCCGAUGCGGAUGGUGCGCUGUACGGAGUGAGAGGCGUGGAGGCGGGGGGUGGGGAUGGGGAGGAGAGAGAGGUGAGUCUGGCGGUGAGCCGGAUGCAGGCUAUGGCUCAUUCGGUGGAGGGACGGGCGCAGAUUCUAGGAUGA